ACACUCACGCACGCACGCACACACUCACACACACACACACACACACACACACACGGGAACCCGCGCUAGCACCUCUCCUGUCUCACUUGCGCGGCUUGCAUGAGAGGAACGGGGAAGGGGAACCAGCUGCUUUUUCUUUUUUCUUUAUUUUUGUGUUGCUUGUUCCGUGUCGAUCGUUUCCCGGGGAGGGAUUUGACGGAUGGCAACCCCACCAGCACCAGCCGCUCCAUUCUGCCCACCCACCAGCCCGCUGCAUGUCACACCAUGACUGAACGGAGCUUCAUUGCACUGUGAAGGAGUCUGCACGCGCUCAGAUGUGGCCACCGCGCCAGGAACCGACUGCCAGCCCAGCAGUGUCCCCCCUCCCCGCCGUCCUGAUGUUCCGGUGAUGCCCGGCGCCCCCCCCUCAGGAGCAUGAAGAGCCUAGCAGGCGGGCGGCCGCAGUACCCGUACCCCCCAGUGCACAGCCGUGACCCGCGUUACGCCCCCUCCUACCUCCUGAGCCCGACGGAGGGCAGCUUCCCCCUGGACACGGCCCUGCUCCAGCAGCACGUGUCGCCCCGCACCUCGCUGCACUCCGACUGCCUGGUGAUGGCGCCCGGGCUGCUCCCCGCCAGCGCCGGGAUGCCCGCCGAGCACGUCUCCAGCAGCACCUUUCCCAGGAUGCACUACAGCUCGCAGUACUACAACUCCAUCCCGCGGGAGGACUGCGUCGCGCUCACGCCCACCGUCGCACACGCGCCCUCGUCCUACUCCUCCUCCUCCUCCCAUCACCACUACCAACAACAACAACAACAACAACAACAACAACAACAACAGCACCAUCACUACAGCAACGCCCUGGCCGGUCACCACAGCAACCCGCGCAGCAACCGCCUCCCGUCGGGGAUGAUGGACCAGGUGGAGAAACAGCGGCCGGUCCAGCGCGAGGGCUUCCACACGCUGCAGUACCACCGUGGGGCCGGCACCGGCGAGAGCCCGGGCCGCAUCCGGCACCUGGUGCACUCGGUGCAGAAGCUGUUCACCAAGUCACACUCGCUGGAGGGCUCGUCCAAGGCCAACGGCGGGGGCGGCCGAGUGGACAGCGUGCACCAGCAUCACCACUCGUCCACCUCCUCCAAGCACGGCGGCAGCGGCAAGCGCAGCAAGAGCAAGGAGCGGAGACACCGCUCGUCCGGCGACUGGUGGAGCUCCGACGACAACCUGGACAGCGACGGCACCUUCCGCGCCGCGCACGGCAUGAUGGGAACGCGCCAGCAACAGAUGGAGUACGCUGCUCAACACUGCCCCCCGCUGGACCACCCGAGCGGCCACUUUGGCCGCCUCUCGCUCAAGACGUCCAAGAGCAGCGGCGACAUCAAGUGCUCGGCCUGCAAGGCCGCGCCGCCCGACGGGAAGUUCCUCAAGCGGAGCUCCUGGUCGACGCUGACCGUCAGCCAGGCCAAGGAGGCGUACAGGAAGUCCUCGCUCAACCUGGACAAGCCGUCCUCGCUGCACCACGAGCACAUGGGCCAUCGGCUGCACCACUACCUGCAGGUUCCCGGGGACGAGUGGAGGGGUUACCCUGGCGAUGAUGAGAUUCCGUGCCGGCGGAUGCGGAGCAGCAGCUACGUGAAGGCCAUGGGAGACGAGGAGAGCGCCGGAGAGUCCGACCCAAGCCCCAAGAGCUCCCCGACCAAGACCGUCCGCCCUGACGCCCUCGUCCUUAAGUCGGCCAUACAGAGACCACACCUAGAACCCCACAGUCAGGGCUACCACCUGCAGACGUCUCGUGACAUGCGUCCCCUCCCCAGCGUGAGCCUGGACCCCCCCACCACGUACCAUCCCCCCCCCUACCGCUCUCGCAACCAGAGCUACAUGCGCGCAGUGAGCACUCUCAGCCAGGCAAGCUGCGUCAGCCAGGUGAGUGAGACUGAGGUCAAUGGCCAGUUUGAGUCAGUUUGCGAGUCCGUUUUUAGCGAACUAGAGAGCCAGGCCAUGGGUGCGCUGGACUUGCCCGGCUCGUUCCGCACGCGGAGCCACAGUUACCUGCGUGCAAUACAGGCUGGGUAUUCCCAAGACGACGACUGCUUGCCCUCCGUGACAUCCUCCACUGUCACGUCGACUCUCAGAUCCACAACAGGGAUCCAGUUCCGUCUCCCUACCGCCUGCAGCGUUGACCGCACACAACCUGCACCCUCAGCUCCGGGAGUGUCCUACCCCCCCAGCGUGAAGCAGACCCCCCCUCAGGUGCCCCCCCGCAGUGUGACGCGGCCCAUCAUCUCUGUCACGGCCCAGAGCAGCACGGAGACCGGGCCGGACACACAGCUGGAGGCGGGCCUGGGCCUGACGGAGGGCACUAGGGCCCUGCGGCAUCUCCCCUCCGGAGCGGACAGCGGUGGCAAGCGGCUGCUGUCCACAGGAAGCCAGGGUUCCAUCCAGACCUGCGACAAAGCUGUGCUGGUGUCAAAGGCGGAAGAGUACCUGAAAACACCACGCUCAUCAGUGGGGAUACAGGUUGAGACAGCAACUGACUCGGAGUCAGAGAGGAGAGGGCUUCCACAAUUCCACUCGGUGGGCAUCCAGGUGGAGGACUUCAAACGACAGGGGCGGUUCAAGCGCUCCAACAGCGUGACGACGGCGGUGCAGGCUGACCUGGAGCUGGAGGGGUUUCCCUCCAUGGAGGACAAGGGCCUGCAGUUCGGCGGCUUCCACUCCGAGCCCACCACGCCCACGCAGUACGGCGCGCUACGCACCGUCCGCACCCAGGGCCUCUUCAGCUACCGCGAGGACUACCGGCCGCCCAGCCCGCAGACGCCCGCCUGGAUGGCCGAGGGUCCCCCCGGAGCGGAGGGGGGGGUGGCCGGGGCGGAGGGGGGCCCUCGGGCAUCGCCGCUGCGGAGGGACGGCAACUGGUUCAUGCAGCUGCUGGACGAGGAGAGCCGGCGGCUAGAGGACUGGUGCCGGGACAUGGAACAGGAGGCCGAGCAGCAGCAGCUGACCGAGGACAGUGAGUGUCCUGCAGCUGACAACACAGACAGCCCAGGAGGCUCCCUGGGCCCCCAACCAGUCCUAGGUAAAAUCAGGAGUGCGGUGGGCAGCGCUCAGCUCCUUAUGUCUCAGAAGUUCCAGCAGUUCUAUUGGCUCUGUCAGCAGAACCUGGACCCCAGUGCCAUGCCCAGGCCAACAUCGCAGGACCUGGCGGGCUUCUGGGACCUGCUGCAACUGUCCAUCGACGACGUGUCCACCAAGUUCCAGGAGCUGCAGCAGAUAAGGGGCAAUGAGUGGAAGCCUUUAGAGAGCCCAGAGAAGAAGGCAGGAAAAUGGCCACCCCCUGUUCCACGGAGGCCCACUAGAGGCCGCGGGGCGAUGAUGCGGGACCGUUCCUUGGACCUCCAGGACCGGCAGCGUCAGGAAGCCCGGCGACGUCUCCUGGCGGCCAAACGGGCUGCAUCCUUCCGACAGAGCUCUGUCACGGAGCGUGGCGACAGCAUCGAGAUCUACAUCCCUGAAGCCCAGACCAGGCUCUGACACACACACACACACACACUCACACACACACACUCACACACAAACUCUCAAAGCAACACACUCACCAAUCAACACUCACUUCCUGCAGCAUGUGGAGAGAUCAGCCAAUGGUGUUUUUCUCCCCAUGGCUUCACUAGUAAUAUUCUAUUUAAUAUCUUACACCUCUUUGAUAUCAGUCAUCAAACUCAUCUAGUAAUCUCUGACAUUAGUAAUCACAUGACCCGUCACAUCAACCGCACGACCUCUGACAUCAUCAGUCAUCACAUGACCUUUAUCUUAUUAUGACAUCAGUCAGCACGUGGCCAGUUAUGUGUCACAUGACCUCCAGCAUCAGUCAUGAAGUGAACUAUAAUUCAUCGAAUGGUAUACAACCUCCCAAGACACAACCACACGUCAUCAUCCUACCACAUGAGUGGCUUCAUUCUUUUGAUAUCUCGCACACCAAAUAGGUCAUCCUUCAGCCUUUGUCCGUCCAGGAUAUGGACGCAAAGUGGUGCAAAACCACUCCUCAAUACGUCGGAGUGAAGACUACUGAAUCAUAACCUACUGAAUACACCUGAGUAAACCACCGAUGGUUCUCUGUGUGGGCGCAACACAGUGAACGCUGCUGAAUGAAUGCACACUACCGAGUGAGCGCUAGGCAACCCGCAGAGUAAAAGUGAUGAACUCUCAGACGUGAAACUCUGCUGUUUUAACACCACCGAGUGUGGAAUUGUAAACACUACUGAGAGAAAUCCUACUGACUGUAAAUGGUGCUGCUUUUUACUCUCCCGUUAAGCCCCGCCCUACACAGGCACUUCAGCCAAUCACAGAUGUCCAUGUAGAUGGGCUCCUCCCUCUAACCAGGAGGCAGGCAUUGGGAUUGGAUUACUUUAAGCAGGCUUCUUUAAUAGGAGAACAGAUGUGGGGAUUGGUUGUUUUUUUUAGUAUAGAAUUAUUUAAACCUGCAUACAGAGACUGCCAACAAUUCAGGAGUCUCACUUUAGUCCUUUGUUACAUCAUGGCAUUAUGACAUCACCAAAUGCAUCAACGAUCGACUGAUAUGGGUGAUGUCACCAGUGUUACUAUGGAGAUCCCCUGCUGGUUAAGUGUUAAGCUACUGGAGUAUUGUCUGUUGGAUAAAGCAUAAGCAAAGCUCAUUGUUAUAGAAUAUAUUAUAAGUUAAUAUUUUAGUCUGGUUUCAGUUUUGAGUCGGUUGAAAAUGUCAUCCCCAGACGUUCAUUAUAAGCUCCCGAGGAAUCUUCCAGCUGCUCUUUUUAUCUGUCUGUGUCUCAUGAGUAUAAACAAUCCUAUAAGUCCAAAUGAUGGAAUACUUUACAAGGCAGCCUUAACUUUCCAAAGCAAAAAAAGUAUAUAUAUAAAUAAAUAUAUAUAUAUUAUAUCUAUAUAACUUCAUGAAUGUAUCUCCCUUAUCCCUGCAAAAAAGAAAGAAAAGACCUCAGAGCCCCCUGUGUCAGACCCCCCCCCCCCCCCGUGUCAUCUGAAACAGUUUAGUCCCCCCUCUGCCUUCUGUGUGCCCCCUCAUGUAAUCUGAAAGACCAUUGUGUCCUCCAUAGGAAGAUCAGUGUGCCCCCCCCCCACACACACCCCCACCCACACACACCCCCACCUUCCCCAUUGUGGGGUGCAUCUGUUAAGGUUCCUUGUCCAUCUUCCCUCUUCAAGAUAGUGGGUGAAUCCAGAGGAGUUGGGGUGACAU